AUGUUUGACCUCGUGGGCCAAACCGGGUUAAACACUCGGGUAUCUACCCAAGACAUAAACUUUACCGAAUCCUCUCGUCAGGGAGAUCGUAGCCCUACACACAACAUCCGAAACCAACCACCUCAUCCUCGAACCAGGGAGGACCUGACCCCUACACACAACAUCCGAAAACAAACACCACAUCCUUUAUUCAAGGAGGACCAGACCCCUACACACAACAUCGGAAACCAACAACCUUGUCCUCUAGUCAGGGAGUACCAGACCCCUACACACAACGUCGGAAACCAACAACCUUGUCCUCUAGUCAGGGAGUACCAGACCCCUACACACAACGUCGGAAACCAACAACCUUAUCCUCUAGUCAGGGAGUACCAGACCCCUACACACAACGUCGGAAACCAACAACCUUAUCCUCUAGUCAGGGAGUACCAGACCUCUACACACAACAUCCGAAAUCAACCGCUUCAUCCUCUAGUCAGGAAGGACCAGACCCCUACAUACAACAUCUGA